UCGCUCCCCGUCCUCACACCCGGGAGAUCGCUCCUCGUCCUCACACCCCUGCAUUCUUCCUCCCCGGAUUCCCCACAGCUUUGGGCUGGCGGACACAGAGGGUAUGGCCGAGGAUCCCGGGACCGUCGGGGAGAUACAGGAGCUACAGAGAGCCAAGGCCACCGCUCAGAGAGCAAACACGGCGAAGAGACUGGCCAGCAUCUGCCACCAGCUUGGGCAGAAAUUGAUGAAGACUGGUCAGUUCCAGGCUGCUAUUCAGGAGUACGAGCAGGAGCUGGAAGUGCUGGUGACUCGGAGUGAUGUGAUUGGCUGUGCCACCACCCAUCGUCUGAUUGGUGACUGUUACCUGGAGUUGAAGAGCUGUGAUUUAUCACUGAAGCACUACCAGCAGUACUUGCAAUUGGCCCAGUCGGUCGCCAGUCACGUCGAUGAACAGCGGGCGUGGAUGCAGAUUGGACGGGCGCAUAUGCUCAGGCCCCACAGCAGCCAAUCGGACGAGAGCCUGCAGGAGGCGUUGCGGGCGUUCGAGAGGAGCCAGAUGGUGCUGAGGGAGAAGCUGGAAGGUUCCGUCAGGCACAGGGUGUCGGCGCUGGAGCUGAAGAAGAUGCGGGUGGCUUUGUACCUGAACCUUGGCAUUGUGUACAACCUCCUCCAGAGGCGGGAGGACAGCCUCGAGGUCCUGCACUACUGCCUCUCCAUUGCCGAGAGCCAGAAUUUCUUCACGGAUCUGUACCGGGCAACCUACGUACUGGGAACAAUCCACCAGGACCAGGAACUGUACACACAGGCACUGAAAUACUAUCAAGCAGCGAGACAGUGGGCCCACAAGGCUGGCAUGCAGGGAGAGUCGGACACUGCGGUCAACCAGGGACAGGUCCACCUGACUCUGGGUGAGUUUGCUGCUGCCAGCCUGCAUCUGCAAAAGGCCCUUUCCCAGAACACCAUCCCCAGUGAUCAGAGGCACACAGUCAGGAAGCAGCUAAACAGAGCACUGAAGGGCGAGCGACUGCAGAGGGAGCUCCAGGCCGUACCAGAAAACCACUAUGACAGCCGUCUGCAUCUGUGUGAGGAGCUGGGGGACCUCUGCUGUUCCGUGCGAUGUUAUCAGAAGGGUGUGGAGUACUAUCAGGACCAGCUGGCCUGUGCACAGAGGCUGUGCUGUCCCGACAAGCAGAUGGCGGUGAUCCACUGGUCCCUGGCCCGCACAUAUGAUGACCUGAAGGAUUACGGACAGGCCCUCAAGCAUUACCAGAAGGAGCUGGAACUUCAGAAGGGCAACGAUCAGGAGGAGUGCAGGACAUUGCUGCAUAUGGUGGAGGUCCAGCAGAAGAUGGGGACAGACCAGACGGAAGUGGAGGGGAGCCUGCAGGCAGCCGUGUACCACGCAGAGAGAUCCAGGAAUUCCAGGCUGCAGCACAGGGUGCGGAAGGUUCUCAGGAAAAUGCAGCGACGACUGGAUCCUCUCUGGGAGCUGGAGUCGGGAGACAGCACCACUGAGACUGAGAGUGAGGAGAGCACAGACCUCGAGGAUGAGGAGCUCCCAGAACCACCUCCCACCCGCACUCCAACAGGGAAGAGGAACAAAGUCCUGGCAUGUGGGCCACAGAUGCCUCCCAGAAAUAUGAAAUGGAGGCGGAAUGCAAAGGGGGAGACGCCGCUGCAUAUCACCUGUAUCCGGGGCAACACCCAGAGGGCCAGGACCCUCAUCCAGCAGGGCCACCCACUGAAUGAGCGAGACAACGCUGGCUGGACGCCCCUGCAUGAGGCCUGUAACCAUGGCCGGCUAGAGAUCGUGACCCUGUUGCUGGAUAAUGGCGCGGCCAUCAACAGCGAGGAGGACAGGCAGUGCGGCGGGAUCACGGCCCUGCACGACGCCCUCAACACUGGACACCUGGACAUCGUGGAGCUUCUCGUCAACAGGGGAGCAGUGACCCAGGUCAAAGACAGUCAGGGCCACCUCCCACUCGAUUACCUGAAGGUGUGGUGGAACGGACUGAAGCACAAGCCGAGCUCGGAGCUGGAGCGCAGGUAUGAAGCCCUCCUGAGCAAGCUGGAUACCCCCAGGACACCAGAGGCUGACCUUAGGAUUGGCAUUUCCAAUGUAAGGUCUCUUCACCCAACCAUGUCCCAGGCUGCCGCUGCUCCCUCUGCGUUGCCCCCGUCCCAGUCCCCGCCUUUGGGGCCAGGCAGCUCGGGCUCCCGGAACGUGGCUGGCCGGGGGAGACGCAGCUCUGCUGUGCGCCAACCCCGCCCUGCCUCCCCAUUUUGCAACCUGGAUACGGACGAAGACGAAAGCCCUGAGCCUGGCCCCUCGCGGCAGGCGCAGGGUAUGCAGACUCGGAGGUCGAGGGCGGAUCGGGAUCCCAGCCUGGCCAAGAGCAGGGCGGUCCCCUCGAGGGGGAGGGCGAAGGCCAGGGGAGGCCUCACGGUCUUGGUGGAGUCACCCUUGCCCCGGAAACCGAAGGUUGCUCGUACAGAACCAGCGGAGAGGCAGCGGGACCCCAGCGGAACCCCGGAGGGGCUGCGGCUGAACCUUGACUCAACCCCGGAGGAUGAGUGGCUGGAGGUGGACCACAGCAAGGAAGGACAGGGAGAGCAGGGAGCCUUCUGUCCACCGGAGCCGAGCUCCCAGGUCAGCAGGAGGACUGCAACAGGCUUGCCCAGAGAGAAGACCAGCUCUUGCUGGCCAUCCACGGAUGGUGUGUUGAGCGAGAUCCCGGACAAUAACAGCAGGACCCCAGUGUCCCUCCACACACAGGCGGGAGCAGGCGGCGUGGGAGGCUGGUGCAGCCCCACCUUGCACCCUCUGAUUCGCGUCAGGGUCCGCGUCAAAGACAAGGUCUUCCUGGUGCCCGUGCCCCCGAGCCCUGCAGACUCUUCCACAGACACGCCAACAGUGGCAUGGCUGAGCAGCGAGGCGGCCGCCCGUUACAGCCAGGCCUGCGGCGAACGGCCACGUCUCUCCCUCAGCUGUGGUGGAGCCCUCCUCUCCCCCAGUGACCCACUCACACAGCUCCUUCAGGACAACGAGGAGGUGGAGGCUGAAGUUGAAUCCUGGGACAUUCCUCCCAUCUCCAUCCGGUACAAGAAUGCCUGCCACAGCCUGGGACUGGCUGAGGACCCAUCGAUCACGAAGAUCUUACAACUCCAGGAGGAGCAGCCCACAUUGGACCUGUGUGGCCUGUCACUGGGCGCUAAGCGCCUGACGCCUGUCCUGCGCGCCCUCCGGCGACACACCGCCGCCCACCAGCUCCGGCUCUCUGGCAACUGCAUCGCCGACUCCGCCGCCGAGGAGCUGCUGGGCAGCCUGCUCACCAUGCCCAACCUCAUCCUGCUGGACAUCUCCUCCAAUCAGAUCACAGCCCUGGGACUGAGGAAGCUCAGCGAGGGAGCUCAGCGACCUGGCAAACCACCCUUCCAGAGUCUGCAGGAACUGGACCUGAGCCUCAACCCCCUGGGGGAAGGCAGUUCACAGCCGCUGGCUUCGCUAAUCGCCGCCUGCCCCGUCCUCAGCACACUCAGACUCCGGGGCUGCAGUCUCACUGCCCGCUUCCUGCAGGACACGGGGCUCAACGGGGCUCUCAGGGGCUGCAACAGGUUGGAGUCCCUGGACCUUUCCAUGAACGCACUGGGAAGCCGCGGUCUGCAGCCGCUGCUCCACAGCAUCCGGCCCACGCUGCUGACCCGACUGGGUCUGGGCUCUGUGACCUCCCACACACAAGAGAGCCUCCUCCUCGAUCCACUCGUCACCUAUCUGAGUCAGGAUGGCUGCAUUCUGGCUCAUCUCAACCUCUCCAGCAAUGCCCUCAACAACGACAGCAUCAGGAAUCUUGCCAGGUGCCUACCCUCUCUCCCAUCGCUGGCAUCCCUGGACCUUUCCCAAAACCCUGGCAUCAGUCUGCCCGGUCUGCAGAUCCUUCUGGAUGCCCUGGACAAGGGGACAUCAUGCCUGGAUCUCCUGGAUUUGUCAGGGUGUGCCGUGCAGCAGGAGGACGGCAGCGAUGUUACGCAGAGGUGGUAUCUGAGGGACCUCCGACUGUGAGCAGCAGAUUCUCAAAAACAGAACUAGCACACGAUUCACUCCACAACCACGUGGGGUAAAGGGCUGGCACCGAGAGAGGCCGUUCAGCCUACAGACAGUAUUCUAUCACUGGACCGCAUCCUCAUCCACCUGCGGGACUGUGGGAGGGGAUUAACCUGCUCCGUGACCCAGUUCCUCACUCAGACUGUUCCGUUGAUAGAGGAGAGGGUGGAGUAAGGCACCCACAGCCGUUAUACCAGGGAUCAAAGUGCAGAAACAGGCCCUUCAGCCCACUACAUCCCUGCUAACCAUCAGAUAACCAUCCACACCAACUUCACCGUAAUACUAGGGGUUGCUGGGUUAAGGUGAGAGGGGAGAUGUCUACACAAAAGGCAAUUCAAAUGGUGUGUGGAACAAGCUGCCAGAGGAGGUGGUUGAGGGGCUACAAUUAUAAACACAACCACUCUCCCCUCGUAUCAGAUUUGUCCUUCUUCAGCCCUCUCCCUCUUCCACCUACCCCCUGCCAGCUCCUCACUUCACCUCCCUCCCCACCCACCUUCCCUUCCCCCUCCCCUGGUCUCCCCUACCCCCUGCUAGCUCCUCACCACCUCCCUCCCCACCCAC